AUGUUCCCAUUUGUUAGUAAUAUAUUUAGAUCAGACCUCCCACUUUUCAUUUUUGAUGAUAUCUUUGUUCCAGGACCAGGGAUCAGAGUGGGAGUACCAAGACCACCUUACACAAAUCAAUAGUUUAGAGAUCAAGUUCCCAAGCCACCCAAUUUGUAGAAAAUGCAAAGUGUGAAAAAAUCACUCGCCGAUUACUCAGAGACAUAGGGACAAUAUUGGUGCAUAUUGGGGGACAUGUCAUUUGAAAAGGGAGAUUAUACGAAGGCAAUUUAAUAUUAUGACAGAGCCAUUGAAUUGACAGAUGGCACAGAAAGUUCUUUUUUCAGAUCAAGAGGUUUGGCCUAUAAAAAGUUGGGGAAUUUAGAACAGGCGUAUAAAGACGCAAUUAUGGCAAUUGAGUUGGAUGAUAAAAAUAUCAAGGCUCAUUUAUUGUGUGGAUAAGUAUUGGCAGAAAGAGGGAAGUCGCAGGAUAACACUCAUGAUAUCGAGACAGCUAUUAAUAGAUUGACAAAGGCCAGAACUUUAUGUGCAGGAUAGAAGAAACAAUAUUAUGAGGAUGAAUUGAGUAAGUACAUCUACAGAGCAAAAAAGUUACUUUGGUACAAGAACAAAGAGUUGGAGAAUCAGAAAAAGAGAUAAGCGAUUGAUAAUUAUACAAAGUAUUUAAAAUAAAGAGAAGACAUGAAUGAGGAGGAAAGAUAGAAGGAAAUUCAUGCAUUUAUUAAUUCUAUUGGAAAUCCGGAUUAAAAAUAGAAUUACGAUAUUCCAAGUUAUUUGAUAUGCAAAAUCACAUUUGAAAUUAUGGAGAACCCAGUAGUUACAGAUGCAGGUUAAACAUAUGAGAGAGAUAUGUUAAUUGAAGCAAUCUAGAAAAAUGGCCCAGUUGAUCCUUGUACAAGGUAACCUAUAAGUGGAGAGUUUUAUCCAAACCAUAAUAUCAAACAAGCAACGUAGGAUUUCCUACUUAACAACCCAUGGGCUUUUGAGUUUUAAUCUGGGGAAAACUAUGCAGAUAUAGAAUUUUGAUUAUAAUUUAUUAUCCAUUAUAAUCCUUUUUUAAUAUCUUAUUUUAUGAGGGUAUCUAUAUUGAUAUUGGCACUUUUGACAGUUGGGACCAUGCUGAAUUAAAAUAAGAAGCAUUUGAAGAAUAAUCAUUUUUCGGAUAACAAUGAUACUUCUUGAGCAAAAAGGAAAUUGAGGACGUUGUUAAUAGAUAAAAGGGUUAAGUCUAAAUUGACGCUACAUUUUCCAAGUUUCAAGCCAGAAUUGAGAAGGAGAAUAAAGUAUUAAAUAGACAAAAUGAAAUCUAAGAUGAUCUAUAAUAUUUAAUAGUUAAUUUCUAUAGCAUUUUUUAAA